GUGUAAUAAGAACAUUUUCUAACAAAAUAAAACAAUGAUUAAACUAUUUUCUUUGAAACAACAGAAAAAGGAUGGAAUCGAUUCUUCGGACAGAGGAUCACAGAAAAAGGCAUCAGCAGCACAACUACGUAUACAGAAAGAUAUUAAUGAACUGAAUUUACCAAAGACAUGCCAAGUUGACUUUCCAGACCCAGAUGAUCUACUCAACUUCAAACUCAUAAUUUCACCAGAUGAAGGGUUCUACAGAGGUGGGCGAUUUGUGUUCAGUUUUAAGGUUUUGCAAGGAUAUCCACAUGACCCUCCUAAGGUCAAAUGUGAAACGAUGGUGUAUCACCCCAACAUUGAUUUAGAAGGAAAUGUUUGUCUUAAUAUAUUACGAGAAGACUGGAAGCCAGUUUUAACAAUAAAUUCUAUUGUCUAUGGGUUGCAGUAUUUAUUUUUGGAACCUAAUCCAGAGGAUCCCUUGAACAAAGAGGCUGCUGAGGUCCUUCAAAGUAACCGACGAUUAUUCGAGCAGAACGUCACAAAGUCGAUGAGAGGAGGCUAUAUUGGGUCCCUGUACUUUGACCGAUGCUUAAAAUGAUGACAGUCUGUCAUUAACAGAGAAAUAUUGUGAUUUUUUCUGUGCUUUGUAAAUCAUUAAGAAAUGUGUCUAAAAGUGGAUAUUUGUUUGAAUGAGACAUCUGAAUGUGUCUAUGGCUGCUUAUUAUAAAACAGAAUAUCAUGCUGAUCAAUGAUAUUUGCUGAAAAGCAUGUUUAUUCUGUUGUCUCUUGGAUAGAAAAUUUCAGCAAGAUCAUGUUAAAGUACACUGGAUAUUUACAUAUAACUUUUCAUUUAAUCCUUCUGUAAUAUUUUGCUGCUUGGGACAUGUUUAACUACCGGUACAUGUAUUUGUAAAGUCUGGACAGGGUGUGAAAUUUUUGUUUAAUAUGGAUUCUGAGCAGAUUGCUGUUGGAGCCCAGUUGCUUUCAUUUAAGGUAGUAAAAAUCUGUAUAGCAGAAUCCUGUUUCUCAAUAUUUCCUUAAUGUUUUCUUGAAUGUUUUUGUGUGAACCAUGUGUACCUCUUUUGUACAAUGUAUCAGAGUGUAAUUUAUUUACUAAAUAUGGUGACAUGGUAAUUUUGAAUUCUUCUCAGUAAGUUUAUUUGUAAACUCUGAUUAGAAUAUUGGAGGACUUUGUCCCUGUAAAGUAUAGCAAGGACUUGAUUGGAUUUUAUUUGAGUGAGCAAGUGCUGAAGUCAGUUGUCCAAUUGUUGCAGUUGUGUCAUAAUGCCAUGUUGCUGUUUUAACAGCAUUGUUUACUUGGUAGAACUACUUGUAUUAAUCCAUUUAUAAAGAGGCUUGUAGUUUGAAUGUGUUGCAUGUAAAGAAGAUUGUAUUACCCGGUAGUUAGAAAGUUUUCAAAAGUAUAAACUGGUACAAUUAAGAUUUUAGAAUAUGGGUGUUUAAUGUAUUUGACUUCAUGUAGCUAAGCUAUUUAAUUCUUUUUAAUUUUGUGUUAACCUUUGCAAAUUUAUGUUAAUUACUUUUCAAUAUAACAGGGCAGAAAAUUUGUUAAUGUUUCUUUUUUCCAUAAUUCUAAUUUAAUUCCCCAAUUUGUGAACACACAAAAAGAAUGAGAAAAUUAUCACAAGAAGAUAAGUAGAUACUGGUACUGAACAUAUUAAAGUGCUGUUUUUAUAUUGACUCAUUAGUGUAUGAGAAACCUUAAUAAACGAUCAUUAAAAUAUUA